GGCAAGUUGGGAAUUACUUCAGCUGUGCAGGGGACAUUCUAUUGACCCAGACUCCUGCAGUUGUCAUGGUCCAGUCUGGAGAGUCUGCCACGAUCAGCUGUAAAGCCAGUAGUGCCAUUGACGAUGACUUAGCCUGGUACCAUCAAAAACCUGGAGAAGCUCCUAAAUUCAUCAUCGACUUUAACACAGGUUUAACAUCUGGUCGAUAUCAAGGCACUGGAUAUGAUAUUGAUUUCACCCUGACCAUCAGUGGAGUUCAAGCUGAAGAUGCAGGAGAUUACUACUGUCAGCAGCAUGAAGCUGCUCCGUUCACACAGCGAUACAGAGCCAAACAAAAACCUCCCUCAGCUGUAGAGGAAGUGAUCUAAAUCUGCCUACUGGGGACUUUCACAAAUGUUGUGUUGAAAUACAUUAUUAAUAUUUAUCAUGACAAGGAUUAUCAUGACAAAUACAGAUUCCAUCUCUCACAGUUGAAGUGUACCUAUGAUAAAAAUGACAGACCUCUACAUGCUUUGGUUAAAGCAGACCUUCCAGAGCCCAGCACAAAUCCAGGGUAUUAUUCCGCCCCGAAGAUGGAACUUGUGUCCAAAUAACUAAUCCAGCUCAACUCACAGGUCAAGCUUUGAGGUGCCCUUCACUGUCGAACAGGAUAUCUCCGCUCCUCCUGGGCUUCCUGUGGUGGGACAGGUUGAGGUGGAAGGUCCCCGUCUUCCUCUCUCCUCUUUGCGACUAUUGGUUUCUCCCCUGCGGCUGAUGUAUUCAUUUGUAUGGCAUGUGGUGAAUCAACGCAAUGUGAUGCACUAUGGGAAGGUCGAGGAGUUUGUAACUGUGGUGACUGAAGCUGUUCCAAAGUUGCUGAGUUACAAACAGAGGGCUCAACUCAUCCUGGGCCUGAGAGCAAGGAUGAUCUUGGAGAUGUUCCGCAAGGGUUGUCCACCUAACCCUCAGGCCAUCCAAAGUCUCCUGGGAAACAUGAACAUCAGUGCAUCAGGGCAGCAAGAUGUGGAAGUGGAGGAGUCGCAGGCUAACUUUGUGUCGCUGGUCCAAACCCUUUUGAAAAACCCUUAUGAGAGGAAGCACUUCUUCCAGGAGGAGUUCCAUACACAGUAUGGCUCCAAGUAUGACACAGCACUGCAGGCCCUUGUGGGAGGCUUGGUCUUCAGACUGGAACAACUGUUAUCUGUGCCAGAUCUCUCCCAGAUAGCAUCUAUGAUCAGUGCUGACCCCUCUGACCUGGAGGAGUGUGGGCAGUCUAUGUCUGACCCUGAGCAGCUGAAGAUCCUCCUCCAUCACCAGAAAUUGCUAAAUAAAACCCAGUUCAACAGAAAUGCUCCCCCACUUCCUCUCUCCUCUUUGCGACUAUUGGUUUCUCCCCUGCGGCUGAUGUAUUCAUUUGUAUGGCAUGUGGUGAAUCAACGCAAUGUGAUGCACUAUGGGAAGGUCGAGGAGUUUGUAACAGUGGUGACUGAAGCUGUUCCAAAGUUGCUGAGUUACAAACAGAGGGCUCAACUCAUCCUGGGCCUGAGAGCAAGGAUGAUCUUGGAGCUGUUCCGCAAGGACCCACCCAACCUUCAGGACAUCCAACGUCUCCUGGAAAAGAUGAACAUCUUGGGACAGCAAGAUGCAGAAGUGGAGGAGUCACAGGCUAACUUUGUGGCGCUGGUCCAAACCCUGCUGAAAAACCCUUACGAGAGGAAGCACUUCUUCCAGGAGGAGUUCCAUACACAGUAUGGCUCCAAGUAUGACACAGCACUGCAGGCCCUUGUGGGAGGCUUGGUCCUCAAACUGGAACGACUGCUAUCUGUGCCAGAUCUCUCCCAGAUAGCGUCCAUUAUCAGUGCUGCCCCCUCUGACCUGGAGGAGUGUGGACAGUCUGUGUCUGACCCUGAGCACCUGAAGAUCCUCCUCCAGCACCAGAACCUGCUAAAUAAGAUUCAGUUUGUACCUGUCACGACUUCGGUGGGUGACUGUGUGCUGUCCUCGCUGUCCUUCCGCCUCGCUUGUGGAAGGCCAUCAAUGGAGCCAGAUUUUGACGAGCCAUCAGAAUCAUUAGAAGGCGCUCUAAGCGUCAUGAACCCUGCCCCCUUCAGUAACUUGGAGGAUCUGGGAAUGAUGUCAGAUGACUCUGACCAUGCUGGAGAAGAUGAGGAUGUACUGCCAGAGAGCGCCGUGGUCUGCUCUAGUCCUCAAGGUGUUAGUGGACUGGUGGGAGGGGCACCAUCAAAAGGGGCACCAACAGUAAGGAGUAUGCUGCAAACGAUGAGACAGCAACAGCUUGUAUCACUGAUGAAUACUUCCAUCACUGAAGCCUCUCCUUCACAGAUAGUCAUCCCUGCCACGGAUAACCAGCCGGUCGAGCUGACGAGUGUCGACCAGUGGGUCCCCCAUAUUGCCAGUUACACUUUAUCGCUCCAGUCCUUGCCACCCCUUCCACAAAACGAUCAUUUGGACAAGGAGAUGGAGUUGGCCGACACAGGGCUCGGGAGCAGUGUGGUGAUCGGGGGUCAGGAAACAGAGGUCGAUCUCUUUGAGAGUUCCAUUAUCCAAAGGAAGAGGGUGCAAAAGCCACUACGAGUAGCGUGCUCUAAAAAGAGAGAACCUGCAACCAACUCCUGCCAAGAGUGUGGGAAGCGUUUUCUGUCUCGGGGACGGCUGGAGGAUCACCUCCGCAUACACACCGGAGAGAAACCUUUCAAGUGCACCGAUUGUAGCAGGUUCUUCAGGACGUCGGCACUCCUGACCAACCAUAUGAAAAUUCACUCUGAUGUGCGGCCCUUUAGCUGUGACGAGUGCGGCAAAUGCUUUCGGAGAAAGGUUGGCCUUCAGAAUCACCAUCGCGUCCACACGGAUGCGAGACCAUACAAAUGCACCAUAUGUGGAAAGGGCUUCACGCAGGUACAGUACUGCAAACGACACAUGGAUUGUCAUACAAGUGAGAAUACCUAUUUCUGCACUCAUUGUCCGAAGAGCUUCCCAACCCAAUUCCAGCUGUCCUCCCACCAGCGCUGGCACACCACGGACCGCCCGUACGCCUGUGAGCAGUGUGGGUUGCGCUUCUUUAUGCCAAGCUUGUUAAAGAGACACAUGGGCUACCACAUCGGGAACCGCCAGUUCCUGUGUGCCCAGUGCGGAAGGACCUUUGUCUAUGAGUUUGACCUAAAGAGACACCAAAAAGACCAUGACCCCAGUCCCAAACUCCCCUGCCCUGUCUGCCAGAAGAUGUUUGGCAACAACAGCCUACUCCAGGCCCACGUACGCAGGCACUCUUCAGAGAAACCUUACAGAUGCGACAUAUGCGACAAGACCUUUAAAGACAGCGGGGGCCUCCGCAUACACAAGCGGGGGCUGCACUCGAACGAACGCCCUUACAGCUGCGACGAGUGUGGGAAGACCUACAAACUACACACGCACCUGAGGGAGCACAAGUUUAAACACACAGGGGAGGGCCACAGCUGUGGCCAGUGUGGAAAAGCCUUCAGGUACCUGCGUCUCCUGAAGUUGCACGAGCGGUCGCACUCCGAGCCAUCUGAGCUCACGCUGCGAAACAGUCACACCAGCCGUCGCAGGAGACAUUCCUCCAAAAGGAGUUGAUUUUCCUCACAUGUUCACACCUUUCACUGUGGCUACAGUAAUAUACAAUAGUAUUCAACUUUGUCACAAGUCCAUGUCGUUAGCUGUAGGGUCGUUAUGUAGGGCAGCCCAGGGUUCCUCUGUGUGGUCGUAGGAAUGCUGCAUUAUCCCACCAUUCCCCAUUCUGUCAUAUCUCUGUGGUGCAGAGGGGCGACAUGAUGGGAGAUGGUGAGAUAAUUGACUUGAACGGAGAAGAGGGUCUCUGCUGUUCAGGACUGUUGCUCACUGAGUUUAGCUUCCUCCCUCUAUGAUCCUCCCUUCCUCUGAUCAGACAUACUGGGACUAUACAAACCCUUAUUACAUGAUACACAGCAUAUCAAGUACAGGGUCCAAAGUUGUUUCAAGUCAUGGAAUGUCAUACAUGGUCUAUUUUGGGAGGUAGCAGCAUUGCAGUCCUAACAGCCAUGCCGGUUGUGUGUCUGAAGGCUCCCAGAAUCUGUGGACCGGCAAUUCAUAAAGUGAAUCUGUGGACCUAUGUUCAGUGAGGUGUGUUCGGUAAACCUGUGAAACAUCCUCCACUGUCAGGUACAGGAUGCUCUCAAGAGAACAUGGUUUUAAUCUGUCGAUUUGGAUCAGGAUUGGGGGUCAAUUACUCUUUAAUUCAGGAUCUUCCUAUUAGAAAAUAAUUUCAGUUACUCCAACCCUGAUUUGGGUAGUGUCAUGGCUUCUCCCGCAGUAUAAUCAGCAGAGUGAUUCAGAUUCACUAUUUAAUAGUCACAUGUACAGGGUUGCAGGUGUAAUUGCGGAUACAGUGAAAAUCUUAGGGUCCAAACUUCAACAGAGUGUAGUUCUUCAAUUUGUGCUUCUUGUUCUAUCGCAAUGUUCUUGUUUAAUUAAAAAGCUUAAAGGCUA